GCGGUAGACUGUUGCUGAAUGAAAAUAACAGAGGCCAUUUUGCGCACGGUAUCAUUCAAUAAUAAUAAAAGUGGGAACAGGAGGAGGCAGGUUCAAUCCAUUUUUGGAAAGACGCGAAUACUGCUGGAGAGCCGGUAGAGUUGUGUUGUGUGGUGUGGGACCGCGGUGCGAGUGCGAGUGCGACUUGACGCUUGUAGUUAAAGAGAAGACAUGCCGCGUCGCCUCUUCCUUAGCUAGAUGUUUGUGUCGUGAAGAAAGGUGGACAGACAGGGCAGCUUCACCGCAUUGCUAUCUGAGCGUGUGACCCCCCGAGAGAGGGAGUUGCCUUCAGUUAGCUGACCGACACCGGCAACAUCCAUGCGCGUUGAAAACAGGUGUACGGUUUCAUCACACGGACACAGCGCACUAGCUCCCGAGCCGCUGUAGCUCACUGCGUUUGUGUUUGUGUGUGUGUCUACUCCGAGAAGGACUUCAGUCAUUAACACAUGGAAGAGGCUGAUAACCUGACGAUAUGGUGCGGAUUUAGUCGAGUGAGGCGACACUCGUUUUAAGGCAUUAAACGGGGUACGAUCUGGGAAUAAGGCUUGACCGGGAGGAGAGGCUUAUGCUGGAGCGGAGGGAAGAAGACGAAAAAGCAAAUCAGAAUAUAAGAAGAGGAAGAGGGCAGGCACUUGGGCUCACGCCUCACCUAUACCUGACUCUUCUUAGCAAGUCUCCAGUCUUUUGGUUUUAUGACGGAAAGUGUGUCCCCCUGCAGUGGACCAGUAAGAAGUUUUCUUCAAUAUGAAUACAGAUAGCGGAGGAUGCUCUCGCAAAAGUGUGGCCUUGUCACUCAUGCUCUCUCCCAUGAAGAGGGUCCAGAGCUCACCAAAUCUAGGCUCAGGGAAUGAUUCUCACUCAUCGGACUUGGAUUCUUGGAGGUCACACAGUGCAACAGAAGGCUUUAAAAAUGGAGACGCCAGCAGCUCAUCUCUUGCUGCCAAAGGCUUUCGCAGUGUCAAACCCAACCUACAGGACAAAAAGUCACCAACACAGGGGCCUCCCUCCCCCGACCCCACAGCACGGCACUCCCCCUAUCGCUGCCACAGCUCAGAAUCACUCGACUACCUGUCAGGCCUAAUGCCCAAGGCUCUGUCGCCCACCCCGUAUUUUCCCAGUGGGGCUGGUGCAGUCAGCAGGCCGAGCUUUACCACAGUCAGCAGUGCGGGCAUCGGUGGCUGCGCGUCACCCUCGGCUUCCCCUGUGACGGUGUCCGCUCUCAGCCACUACUCGUCAUCCACGGCGGGUCUGCUGGAAGAGCUGCAGAUCUGUAGCCUGGACUCUCCUGGCGCCUCACCCACGCCAUCGCCCACCCUCAGCCAUGCCUCUACCUACACAACCACUGCUGGCCCUGACGAUGUGCUAACAACCUUUGUGGCCUCCACUGCUGCAGCAGCCUCUGUCACUAACGGCCAGGUCCUCUCUCACGCUAUGAAUGGAAGUGCUCCACAGAGGCCUCUCUCUCCUCCAUCCUAUCCUCCUCCCCCCACCUCACUCCACACUGGGUUCCAGAGACAGAGCAGGAGUUCAGAGGGCAGCGAGUCAGUUACCAGAGAGUCCGUGGUGUUGGGCCACACUAGCAUCAGGAGCACUGUGCCCAUUGCCCGCUUCUCAGAAGAAGAGAAGAAGGUGUCCGUUAUUAAAGCUCCUCAUUAUGAAGGCAUCGGCCCCGUGGACGACUCUGGCAUCCCUAUCGCCAUCCGCACGACAGUGGAUAGGCCUAAGGAUUGGUACAAAACUAUGUUCAAACAGAUCCACAAGGUUCACAAAGCAGACGACGACUAUUCUGACACAUACAAUGCAACAUAUGCUGUCAUAAACAAUGAUGACUACAGCCUGUCAUCUAACACCACCUUGGCCCACCCUGCUCCCCGGACACAUACGUACAGGCCGCUCGCCAAAAGUCCCUCGGACAACGGAGGGCAUCUGGGCCCUCGGGAGCCUUCGCCGUCCCCUGUACCCCCACCACCACCUCCACCCAUGCCGUCUCUCCUCCAGCUCAGGGCCCGAGACAGUGACCGCGAGAGAGACUCCCCUGACACGAAUGAAUGGGGUCCUCCCAACAGGAAAGUGGACACACGAAAGUACCGCGCAGAGCCUAAGAGUAUUUUUGAGUAUGAGCCUGGAAAGUCCUCUAUUUUGGAGCAUGAAAGACCAACCUAUGAUGACAUAGAUUUAGAGAACGAGCCUUGGUAUAAGUUCUUUUCCGAGCUGGAGUUUGGGCGGCCGCCUCCUAAAAAACGGCUGGAUUAUAAUCCAGACAUCUCCGCUCGCCAGCGCAUUGAGACAUCCCUGCACAUCGCUCCUGCUGACAAGGCUCCGGAGAGACCUGCGAGUGCUGCCAGCGACUACAGGAAGAGAAGGAAGUCUGAGCCGUCAAGUUCCCAAGUGAAUGUCCAGUCUCGGAGCAGAGCUGUAACUUCCCCUAAACCAGUGGAUGCCCACAGACCCAGCAGCAGCUUAAAGAGACCUGUGGUUCGUUCCUCACCAGCCUCACCCUCCAGAGCCAAAGACCAGGAUGUCUCCAGGUGUUAUUCCACCACGGAUGGACGCCACACACCCCAGAGUAGAAGACCUACUCCUGACAGAGAGGUCUCCCAUAAACAGAUGACACAACUUAUUCUGUUCUCUCUCCUCCAUCAGAAACAGCCUGCGAGAGCCAUUUAUGAUUUUAAGGCACAAUCAGCUAAGGAGCUGACAUUUAAGAAGGGUGAUGCAUUGAACAUCAUCCGGCAGAUAGACAACAACUGGUAUGAAGGGGAGCACCACGGACGAGUUGGGAUAUUACCUAUAUCGUAUGUAGAAAAGAUGCCAUCUUCAGAGAAGCAGCAGCCGAUUCGUCCUCCUCCGCCAGCACAUGUCAGAGAGAUCGGAGAGGGAGUAGCUCGCUACAACUUCAAUGCUGAUACGAACGUGGAGCUGUCUCUCAGAAAGGGUGAGAGACUUAUUGUGAUAAGACAGGUGGACCAGAACUGGUACGAGGGAAAGAUUCCAGACACAACCAAACAGGGCAUCUUUCCUGUGUCAUACGUUGACAUUGUCAAGCGCUCCCCGUCCAAGAGCUCUGCCCACCACAUAGACCCCCAUAGUUACCCUGGCAACAGGACACCAAGCUCUACACCCAUCAAGCGAUUAGUUCAGGACGCACUCCGUGGUGGAGGAGACCCGUACCAGGCCGUGUACAACUACGGGCCUCGCAACGAGGACGAGCUGGAGCUGAAGGAGGGCGACAUCGUAGAUGUGAUGGAGAAGUGUGAUGAUGGCUGGUUUGUUGGAACCUCCCGAAGGAGCAAGUUGUUUGGAACCUUCCCAGGGAACUACGUGAAGCAGCUAUAAUGAUGAUUCCAGACUCCACUCCGCCCCGCCGUGGCUCCGCCCCUUUCUGUGACACGUUCAUCGCCCACAGCACCCGCAGGACACCACCUCCCAACACCGGUCCCCCUCCCAAGACCUGUCGCAGUUGUGUGUUUGCGUGUAUGUGUGGCUCUUCAGCUUCACACAGACAGAACAUUUAGCUCUAACUAGCCAUCUUUAAUGGAAGACUUCUAUGAAAUAACGUUGUUGCUGUUUUUUUUAUCUUAUCUUUUUAUCCUUAUUUUUCUAUCAUGGAGAACGCAAACGUCGUGCUCCGGUCAGUGACCUUUAACUUUUGACUGUAAUGGAAGGAUAUCGAAGGAACUUUGCAAACGGUCAAUGAUAAAGGGCAGUUAGAUCACCACGAUCACCUUUUUUUUUUUUUUUUUUUUUCUGCAGUAUCUCAAACUUAACAACACUUGUUACAUUUCAUUUCAGUGUUCAAUUACAGAUAUCCCCAAAGACAUUCGGUGCAGAGAGUGUUGUAAGAACAGCAUUCUGUCAGCAGGAGUGUUGUAUACCAACUGUGUUGAAGGGAUUGCAGCCGACUUACGUGUGGAAAAGAAUGUGUGCAUGUAUCAAUGUUCUGUGUUGCCUAAGGUAUUGAUUGGUUGAUAAGAAUUUGGGGAUAUGAAAGACUAUCAUUAAUCAUUAUUAAGCCACCAUUUCAAAUAUUGCAAAUGCGGAAGUGUGAAAAAUAUUGACACUGUUGCACUUGCUGUCUAAACCUGAUUCAUUAGAUUUAAAGUAUUAGAGAACACAAAAAUAUUUUCGACUUUUUGGUUCUUCAUCGUCACACUAGGAUUGAUGCACUUUAACGGAACUUUAACACAAUUUUGUGUUUGUUUUAUCUCAAAUUUCACUUCAGAUUUUACACACUAGACGUUAACAUGUCUGUUGGGGCUUUGCUGUGGUAUUGGUCAUGUUUGAAAAGUGUAUGCAAAAAGGUUACCGACCUUUUUAGGUAUUAUAUUUAUUAGAGGACAAGUGCUGGUCGAACUGUGUUAUGACGAUUUCAGAAAGGAUGGAACAACAGGAUGUUUUUCUAAUAUUUUUCAACAGCAGCAAACCCACAUUUGAAGGAUUGUUAUUGUAUUGUAUCAUUGUCCAGAUAGAUGCUGAGUGACCGAAUACACAAUAGUUGAUGGGCUAUAAUUAUGCCAGGUGUCAUGAUGUUUUAUGUUGAAUUAUUUAAGUCAGAUGCAGGAUUAGAUAGCAUUUUAUCAAAAAGAACUUGAGUCAUUUAACUGCAGACUUUGGUGGCAUCUUUUAACCCUGUUGUCAAAGUAAGCUGCUCACUGUGUCAUGUUAUAUUCUCCCUGGAAUUAUCGGCAGUAUCCGUCUUAGUCAUGCUCGGUGAAUAUGAUUUGUUUGUUUUUUCUCACAACAAAAGAAUUGUUAAAGCACCUUAAGAUAUAUUUUGUUUUAUCAUUCAUUGUCCUUCACGUCACCCCUGUCAUCCACUACUUCAGCUGGUGUGAGAACACUUUGUGCGUGUGAGCGGGUGUGUGUGCUUUUUGUAAGCCUUUUGUAUGAGAGAUGAGAAAUGGCCAACAUCCACUUGCUUUAUAAAGUCAGCUUUUUCUCACCCACCAUCAUAUUUGGUUUCCUCUCCUUCUUUCUUCACAUGGUUCAUCAGUGGUGCUAAUUUCCACUUUUUCAAAGUUAAUAUGGUAGCCAGGCAUGUAGGGCUUUUUUCUCUCCAGUGCUUUGUUGUUUUAAAAGUGAGUGACGUAUUUAAACUCAAGUUACUGUAGUUAGAGUGAGUAAAGUUGGUGAUUGCUGCCUUACAUCCAACUCACUAAUUUAAUAGCCAUGUAUAUGUAAACCUUCUGUGAUGCAAACAAUUAAUUUAUGCAUAUAUAGUCUAGAAACCAUCAGGAAAGUGUGCACAGAAUGAUCACAAACUACAGUGUUGAGACAUACAGUAAACCUUUAGUCUGCCUUUGAUACAUUGGGAACCCAUUUAGAUUGAAGACAUGAAUUUGACCCCUGAUAUGUUUAUACAUGUAAUGAAAGUGUUAAUCUUAUAUGUUAUUCAUGUUAAUAUCAAAUUCAAUGCACACUCUUGGACCUAAGUAUUUCUACAAUAUCUUAGCAUUUGUUGGAUGAUUUUAUGGGGCUGUAUUGCUAAUAAAAUCCAGCUGGUAGAUGAAA